AUGUCGGCUCUUCGCCCAAAUCACAGGGAGAAGGCCGCUCCCAAGACAGGGGCCGCGAAUGGCCUCAUCGACCCGACCAAGACGGGGAAAUAUCCCGUCAUCUUAAGCGACACGCUUCUCGGGCGCACCCAAAAGGAGGUUUUCACAGCCGUACGAUACAACCACAAGCCAGAACUCUCCUCAGAGCCCGCGACGGCGAGGUUAAAACCCGAAACCCCCGGCAGCAAGUCCGACUUCGAUCUCUCAUUCCCCGACGGCAACAAUGGCAUGUACGGCUACGCAGGCACCCGCACCAUGGACGACAACCAGUACGUUCUCUACUUCGACCCCGCCCGCAAGGCCUUCAUCCUCGACAAGGUCGACUCGACCUUCCACAUGAACGUCACCCGCACCCCGUCUAGCGACAACCCCGAGUCCCUGCGCCAGCAGUUUGAGCAGCUGGACACCUCCAUAACCGUCACCUCCGAAGCCCAUAACCCCAUCGAAAAAGACAAGCCCGCUGCAAAGCCCGCCGCAAAGGCGUCAGGGCCCAAGAGGCCAUCGGCCAGCAGCAACAAGGCCGCCGCCAAGCCGCGCAAGCCCGCGGCGACGAAGAAGAGCGAACCCAUCCACCUCGCCCUCCCAACCAACGACGCGCCGCCCGCGCCACAGAAAUCCACGACGCCGGCCCCGAUGAAGAAGAAGGAAAGCACACGAAAGGCCGCUGGUUCCGACGACGAGGAAGACGACGACGACGACGAUUUCGGCCUGACGAUAGAGUAUCCCGACGAGAACAAAAACAAAAAGCCCGACUUCUCGCCUGCGUUCGCGCCCAACAUCCAGGUCCGCAGCUUCUCCGAUUUCCUGCGCGACUCCGAGGCCGACGACGCCGACGGCGAGUCAGACUUGGAGGAGCGCGACUUCGCAAACUUCAACCUGCCGAGCCCGAUGAACGGACAGGCUCAACAACAGCAGCAGCAGCAGCAGCAGCACGACCAGUACCAAGAUCAUGACGGUGAAGCGGAGCAGAUGGAGGUCGAUUCCGAGCCCGAUUUCGAGGAUGCCUUGGAAGACGACCUUGAGGCGGAGCUCGAGAAGGAGUUGGAGGCUGCGAAUAGCGGCGAUGCCGAGGAGAGUGAGGUGAGCGAGGAAGACUAA